AUGCCGGCACCGCGGGCCCUGCGCGCCGCCGCUCCGCGCUCUGCGGGCGCGCAGCCCCCGCCCGGCCCUUUCUACCCGUGCGAGGGGCCGGGCCGCGCCUCCGGGGGCGGGGGCCGAGGGACAACUCCCCCCAGGCCGCCCCCAGCACUGGCGGCAGCGCGGGGGCGGCUCCCGGCGAGGGGCGUGAUGGAGAUGCCGGCGCCGGGAAUGCCGAGGCGGAAGAGGCUUUGCAGAGGAUGCUGGAAGGGUGAGAUAGCAGAGGAAAUUUCUCCUCAUUCCUCUGGCAAGAAGUGACCCUGUUGGCUGUCUGCUGUCCUCAAUGGCACACAGGGGAAAUCUGUGAGAAGGUGCCACCAAACUGAAACCUGCUCAAGGGGUCAGGAAACUAGGGAAUGGAACAGGAAAAGGCAGAGAGCAAGCAGUGUGACAGAAUAAACACUGCAGGUAAGUAUAGCAUGAAACAGUGGGGCACAAUGAAGUAGGAAAGGAACAAAAAUGUGGAGUUGUGAUGA